AUGGCCGAAACGUCGCCGCGCAAGAAGGCGAAGACCGGCGCCAAAGCGGCGCCUCUGGACCUGAGCGGCCCGCCGCUGUCCUGGACCGCGACGCUGAACAACGGCGUGGCGAUGCCCGUCGUCGGCUUCGGGACCUACAAGCUCAAGGAGGGCGAGGCCGGGUCCGCGAUCAAGCACGCGCUCGCCGCGGGCUACCGGCUGCUCGACACGGCGCACGUCUACUGCGGCGGCAAGAUGGAGCCCAUCGUCGGCAAGGCCAAGACCGAGGACGUCUUCCUCAUCACGAAGCAGUGGCGCGGCUUCCACGGCCACGCGGAGACGACGAAGUGCCUCAACCAGUCGCUGUCGCGGCUCAAGGUCGACAAGGUCGACCUGCUCCUCAUGCACUGGCCCGGGCCGGGCUACAGCGCCAUGGGCCGGUCGAAGGAGCGCAUCGCCAAGGAGGGCAUCGAGUGCUACUUCAAGAAGGGCCACGAGGACAUCGCGGCCGUGCGCCUCGAGACGUGGCGCGCGAUGGAGGACGCGUACCUCGCGGGCAAGUGCGGCGCCAUCGGCGUGUCGAACUUCAGCGCGGACCACCUGCGCAAGUUGUUGGAGUGGGAGGGCCUGCGCGUCAAGCCCGCGGUGUUGCAGAACGAGCUCCACCCCUACCUCCAGCAGAAGGACGUCGUGGAGCUCUGCGCGGAGCACGCGAUCCUCGUGCAGGCCUACGCGUCGCUGGGCGGCCAGGACUCGGCGGCGAAGCACUGGGCGGAACUCGACCGGCCGCCCCUGCUCGAGCACCCGGCCGCGGCCGCCGCGGCGAAGGCGCACGGCGCGACGCCCGCCGCGGUCCUCCUCCGCUGGGCCGUGCAGAAGGGCUACGCUGUCAUCCCCAAGUCGCGCGACAAGGGCCGCAUCCGCGCGAACACCGAGCUGGGCUUCGUCCUCGACGACGCCGAGAUGGCCGCGCUCGACGCGCUCGACCUCGGCGGCAUGAAGGGCCGCCUCUGCUGGCGCAAGGACGAGCUCCGCAUGAUGGAGUUCCCCUGA